AUGAAUCAACCCAUGCCAAUUCAUUUUAGAGAAAGUCAGCAUGAGUGUGAUGAAUGUGUUAUACAUACUGAAAUAAGUGAUCCUAAAGAAGCACCAUUUAGAUACAAGGAGGAACAUAAUGCCUUUCAUGCAGCCUCAUCUUUUACUGACUGUGACAUCAUUCAGACUAAAAAGAAAUCACAUGCAUACAGUCAGUGUGAAAAAUCUUUCAGCUGUUGCUCUAAGCUUGUUGUACACCAGAGAACACACACUGGAGAAAAACCCUAUGAAUGCACUCAGUGUGGGAAGUCUUUCAGCCAGAGCUAUGACCAUGUCACACAUCACAGAACCCACACUGGAGAGAAGCCCUGUGAAUGUAACCAUUGUGGGAAAUCCUUCACCCAGAGUUCCAAAUUUAUUAGACACCAACAGACUCACACUGGAGAAAAACCAUAUAAAUGUCACAAAUGUGGAAGAUCUUUCAGGUGGAAUUCUAACCUUAUUGUACAUCAAAGAAUUCAUACUGGAGAGAAACCUUAUGAGUGUGCUCAUUGUGCAAAGUCCUUCAGGCAGAUCUCUGGCUUUGUUGCACAUAAAAGGACUCACACUGCAGAGAAACCCUCUGCGUGUAACCAGUGUGGAAAAUCCUUCAUUCGAAGCACUCAACUUAUUAGGCAUCUGUGAAUUCACACUGGAGAGAAGCCAUAUAAAUGCAAUCAAUGUGAUAAAGCUUUCACUAGAGGCUCUAACCUUAUUGAGCAUCAGAGAACUCAUACUGGAGAAAAACCUUUUGAAUGUAAUCCGUGUGGGAAAGCCUUUACUGGAAGCUCUCACCUUCUGUCACAUCAGAGAAUUCAUUCUGGAGAGAAACCAUAUGAAUGUAAUGACUAUGGGAAAUCCUUUUGGCAGCAGUCACAGCUUGUUGUGCAUCAGCGAACCUAUACUGGAGAGAAACCUUAUGAAUGCAGUCAUUGUGGAAAAGCUUUCAACCAGAGGUCUCCCCUCAUUGUGCAUCAAAGAACACACAUUGAAGACAAGCUCUAUCAGUGUAACAUGUGCAUUAAAGCCUUCAGUCAGAGGUCACACCUUAUUGAACAUCAGAGAACACAUACUGGAGUUAAGCCCUAUGAAUGUAUUGACUGUGGGAAAGCCUUUAAUGAUCAGCCAACCCUUACAAAACAUGAGAGAAUACACACUGGCAAGAAACCCUAUGAAUGGCACCCCUCCAGCGAGGGCAAGCUGGCAUCUCAACGCGGGGCCGCGGGAGCCACCGCCGCGGAACGCGGGCGCCUGCGGGCCAUCCCGGCGCCGCGGCCGCGCGCAGACGCGAACCCCCAGCUGCUGGGGGAGGACGAUCCCUCACAGCCUCAUCCCUUCGCAGCUCGUCGGCGCUCCCCUUCGUCCCGGGCAUGGAGACACCCAGUUGCCCAGUACCUGGGAGAGCACCGCCCGCAGCUGCCCACCCAGCACCGCCUAGCCGGGUCUGCUGCAGGAGCGCCCCCAGUGGCCGGAGGCCAGACGGCUGGACGGUCCCAUUGGCCCGAAACCAGAAGGCUCUCAUUGGUGGAAGGCUCGACAGAUAAAAGCUUCCAUUGGUCAGGCCCUGCAGCGCGCCGCACGGUCUUCUGGGAGUUGUAG